AUGAUUGAAGAAAUCAACCUCAGAACACCCACAGGCUCAUACACCGAGCUGAAUCAACUUGGGACGAGCCCAUUGGUAGUCCUGAGCAAGUCAAGACGGCCCCCUCUUCUACCUUCUCGGCUUCAACUGAGUGGGAAGAAUGUGACAUCGAGACCCAGUUCACCUCAUCUCUGGACUCACCAAAUGCCAUUCACUACUGCCACCUGUCUCUAG